AAACCGGAAGUUGACAGUUAGCAUCCCUCAGUUUCGGUACUCAUUGAGGGUGUGAGUGCGACAGUGACCAGGUGUAAAGAUGUUACCUUUAUCAAUUAAAGACGAUGAGUACAAACCGGCUAAAUUCAACCUGCUGGUCAAACUGUCCGGAUGGUUCAGCUCCAUCUGUCCCAAAAAUGGGUUUAUUUCCAAUGACACUCGGUGUGUUCGCGUCUGCCGGUCCAUCCUCGCUGAUAAAACCUCCAGAAAUCUUUUCUUCUUCCUCUGUCUCAACCUGUCCUUCGCAUUUGUGGAGUUGAGCUACGGUAUCUGGAGUAACAGUUUAGGUCUGAUCUCAGACUCCUUCCACAUGUUCUUCGACUGCACAGCCCUGCUGGCAGGUCUCGCAGCCUCCGUCAUCUCCAGGUGGAGAUCCAAUGACAGCUUCUCCUACGGGUACGUGAGAGCGGAGGUUCUGGCGGGCUUCGUUAACGGGCUGUUCCUCAUCUUCACUGCUUUCUUCAUCUUCUCUGAAGGAGUGGAGAGAGCGCUGGAGCCCCCCGACGUUCACCACGACCGGCUGCUCCCCGUUUCCGUGGCCGGCCUGCUGGUCAACCUGGUGGGGAUCUUUGUGUUCCAGCACGGAGGACACGGGCAUUCGCACGGAGAGGGAGGUCACGGCCACAGCCACUCGCUGUUCAACGGCAGCGCGAAUCACGGCCACAGCCACGGAGGACAUGAGCACCACAGCAAGCAGGCAGACUGGCACGGUCACAGCCACGGCGGCCACGACGGCCACGGGCACAGCCACGACUCUCACGACGGACACGGUCACAGCCACGGAGGACACGAGGAGCCACACUGUCAUGACGAGCUGCUGCACACGCCGGGGAAAGGCUCCAGCAAACAGAUCCUGCAGGGAGUCCUCCUUCACAUCAUCGCUGACACUCUGGGGAGCAUCGGCGUGAUCAUCUCGGCUCUGCUGAUGCAGAAAUACGACCUAAUGAUCGCCGAUCCCAUCUGCUCCAUGCUGAUCGCCCUCCUGAUCGGAGUCAGCGUGGUGCCACUGCUGAGGGAGUCCAUUGGGAUCCUGAUGCAGAGAACUCCGCCGUCACUGGACAACGCCCUGCCAGAGUGCUACCAGAGGGUGCAGCAGCUGAAGGGGGUGUACAACCUGCAGGAGCCUCACUUCUGGACGCUCUGUACUGACGUUUACAUCGGGACGUUAAAGCUGCUGGUGGCUCCCGACGCCGACCCUCGCUGGAUCCUCAGCCAGACGCACAACAUCUUCACACAGGCUGGUGUUCGACAGCUAUACGUUCAGAUCGAAACGGCCGCCAUGUAGAAGCUCUUUCUCCAAAAUAGGGACCAAUCAGAUUGAGUCUACUGCUGCAGGUGACCUCUGACCCCUUGGAGUCACCACAGGAUGGACUCAGAGGAAAGGGGGAGGGGCUAAUAGAACUGAUGGACUCACACAGCCCCGCACGCUCUUUUUUUGUUUUUUUUAAACAUACCUAUCUGGGUUGCCGGGCAUCCCCCCGCCCCCUUUCCCAAAGCAUUCUGGGUAAGUGCCUUCAUUGUGAAUCAGAGACAAUCUGAGCCCCUCCCACCACCGAUGACAUCACUGCUGGAACUUAUCCGUCCACAGUAUUAGUGAUGUCACUGUUUUUACUGUGCCAAAACAUGUGACCAAACCAUGUGACCUGUCGGUAGGGUUCACUCUUCUUUUUCUUCUUUUUUUUUUUUUUUAAAGCUGUAAUAAAUAAUUGUUUCUUCAAGAUGAGAUAUUUUGUCUAUAUCUUUAUUGAAAUCAGGUGUGUUUUGUAAUCAGAACAGUGCAGUCCCAUGAAGGAGUGUUUCUCUGUAACUCCAAACUCUGAGUGAACUGUUGGUCUCAGAUUGAGGCCAACACUGAGGAGUUCCCUGAAUGUGUCUGGUUUGGUUUCUAUCUUGGCAGCAGGACAGAAAAGGUAAGG